AUGUUGCCUGGAGAUGAGCUCCAAGAUGUCAUCACUGAACCAAAAUUUUCGGACAAUGUCACAGUAACAGCAGCUCCAACUUUAACAUCUUUUUCUUCUUCAAUCUGGAGUAGUCAAGAAAACAAGAUGUUUGAAGUGGAACUGGCUUAUAAUCCAAGGGAGACAGUAAAUAGAUGGGAAAAGAUUGCAGCAAAAUUGCCAGGGAGAAGUGUUCAAGAAGUAAUAGAGCAUUAUGAGGAACUCACACUGGAUUUAGCAGCAAUUGAAGCAGGGGCAGUUCAAUUUCCAGCUUGUCAAGAUGUUGAUGAUGUUAAUGAUGAUGAUGAUGAUUAUGAUGGUGGUGGUGGUGUUAAUGUGAAUGAAGUGAAUCAGGGUUUCAGAGAGCCAUUGGCAAGUGGUUUGAUGAGCAUGAACUGUAGCAAUCCAAGCUCUUCAAGAACUAAGGUUGAGAACAAGAAACAGAGAGCCAAUCCUUGGUCUGAAGAAGAACACAAGGCUUUUCUGAAAGGACUUGCAGAGUUUGGGAAAGGAGAUUGGAGGAGUAUAUCAAGAUUUGCUGUGAAAACUAGGACUCCAUCACAAGUGGCAAGUCAUGCACAGAAAUUCUUUAUUAGAUCAUCCGGGGGAAAGAAAUCCAAGAGGAAAAGUAUCCAUGACAUUACUGAGUGUUAAUUAGUUUGUAAAAAAUUUAACACUCUAAAUA